CUGUGGGUACGGUUCAUGCAACAAGUCGUCUAAUCUAAAAUUAGUGAUAAGAAAAUCAGUUUGUUAUACACUUUGCAUUGCAUUGCACACAUUCAGUUUGUUGAUCCGCACACAUUUCGUGAAACUUUUUAUAUGAAUCGAUUGAGUGAAUGUGGAAGAUUUUGAAUUAAGCUUUCUGAAACGGUGAAGAGGUUAGAAAAGGUACAAAUUGAUCUGACAAAUUCUUGAAAGUUUGUUCUAGUGAUACCCUAAUCAACGAUGGCUGGCAUUUCUUCCAUUUUAAAUCCAAUCGUUUUGCAAGAAUGUGCGAGAAAUUGGCUAAAAGAAGAUUCUCCGAAUUUUGAUCUGCAAGCGAUCAUUGCUGGCGAUCGAAAAGUGACUGCCAAAAUAUUUUGUAAAAGUUCAGGGAUCUUGGCUGGUGUACCUUUUGUAAAUGCAGUUUUUCGAGAGCUAGAGUGCUCAGUGGAGUGGUUGUAUGAAGAAGGGCGGUAUCUUGAUGUGUCAAAUGGAAUUAUAGAAGUGGCUCAUAUUACUGGUAAAGGUCACUGUGUGCUACUAGCCGAACGGCUUAUCCUCAACGUGUUAGCAAGAUGUUCGGGAGUUUCUACUAGAGCUGGACGUAUUCAGAAAAGUUUAACCAAGCAAGGAUGGAAUGGUUCACUUGCCGGGUCACGGAAAACCACACCCGGAUUUCGACUCGUCGAAAAAUACGGUUUGAUGGUGGCAAAUGUCGAUCCUCAUCGUUAUGAUUUGGGGAGUAUGGUAAUGUUGAAAGAUAAUCACGUCACCAUCAGCGGUUCCAUCCAGAACGCUAUCGCCAAAGUGAAAAGUGUAUCAGGAUUUGCGACUAAAAUCGAAGUUGAGUGCAGAAAUAUUGACGAAGCCUUGAACGCAGCAGCUUCAUCCGUUGACAUUAUUAUGUUGGACAAUUUUACUCCCGCUAACCUUGAAGCUGCAUCGAAACAAUUGAAAGCUAAUUUUCCGCACAUUCUCAUCGAAGCCUCCGGGGGUAUUACAGAGGACAACGCUCAACAGUAUGCAAUACCAUCAGUUGACAUUAUCUCAACGAGUUCGUUAGUGCAAGGAUAUGAAGUGGUUGAUUUUUCCAUGAAAAUUUCUCAGUAAACAAAGUUUUCGGUUCGACUUCACAACUGUGUGAUGAUAAAUUUACCGGCCCCAGCUAUUUUUAAACUAUAAUUUUAGAGGUCGCUAGACUUUUAUCACUUUCCACUUAUCAUCAUGUCUCAGUUGCAAUCAAAGAUUAGAAUGAAUGUUAGCCUAGUUAGUCUUGACUUCAUCAUGCCAUUAUCUCUUUUAAGAUAAUUAUAUCAUGUUCAUUGCUACGGUGAGGUGCUGAACAAAGCAAUAUCGAAAAGUUUUUAUUGGAUGCAAGAUGAAAGUUGAAGCUUACACUUUGUAGACCAAUCAAAAAUAGCCUCCCGAUAUUUUGCUUCUCGUGCCUGAUGCUAGUAUGCAAUUGUAUCGCUAUUAAAUGAAAGCGAUCGCACAAACAUGUUUCACAAAUUUAUUUCCGAUCAAAAGUUGCCAUAUAAUUUGUCUACUUUAGUUGUUUUAAAAGCAUGAAGUGCAAACCACUUUUCUCGUGUAGUGAAGUGGCUGGACUUCAGUAAAAAAUAUAAAAGUGCUGCAGAUGAAAUUGAAUCAAAAAUAUGAAAAAUCAUUAAAAAGAAUCGUCAAUCCAAUCCAAUUUUCGUCAUAAUUUACCUGAUUGUCAUUUCGCUUGAAGCAGACGGUAAGAUUGUAUGGAAACUCAAGGAGAUCUCUUAUAGGCUUUGCACGUUUCACACAUCCCUUGACCAUACCUAAAUAGAUUUCCUGCUCCUCUUUCGUCAAUUCGGCAAAAUAGGCAGACAUUUUACCCAGCAGCAGUUUAUUUGAUUUUUCUUCCAAUGAUUCACUCAAUUCACCAAAGCAACGAAGAUAAGUUUUAAUUGCU